CUCACAUCUCAGCGCAGAACGAACUCAACUCACCAGUAAGCUAAACUGAAGGUAUAACAGAAAAAGUAUGGAUCCAGUGGGAGUCAAUGUGAUAGAAACGGCAGCUCUUGGAAGACCCUUCCAGCUGGGCAUGUUAUAUGACUGCAGAAAGGAUGCACUAAUACCAGGAAUCAGACUUUGGAAUAAAGAGCAACUGCAGCAGAAUAUUUACACUUGUCCUCAAAUUAAUACAGCAUUCAAUGUCACAGCUUCAGACUCCUUUCAGGACAAAUCGAAAUUGCUAAAUAUUGAUGGUGGACUUAAACUGAGUUUUUUAGGUGAUCUCAUCCAUGUUAGUGGAGCAGCAAAGUAUCUAAGAGACACAAAAACAUCUUUCAAACAGCAGAGACUUACGCUACAUUAUCAUUCAACAAGCCGAUUUGAAGAAUUGACUUUGAACUAUUUGCCUUUUAGAGAUAUGGCUGAUGAUGAUCUUGAUAUAGCCACCCAUGUGGUGACAGCAAUCCUAUAUGGAGCAGACGCCUGCUUUGUGUUUGACAGAGAAGUUUCUUCAGAUGAGGACAAAAGCAAAGUAGAAGGAGAAGUAAAAGUGGCUCUUAAGAAACUGCAGGGUGCUGUUUCAAUAGAUGCAAAUGCUAAUCUAAAUAUGGAUCACAGUCAGAAAACUGCAGUCAAAAAAUUCACAUGUACAUUUUAUGGCGACUUUCAGCUGCCAUCUAACCCAGCGUCUUUUGAAGAUGCUUUGAAAGUUUUCACUGAUCUUCCAGAACUGCUGAAAGAUAAUCAAGAGCAGACGAUUCCACUGAGAGUUUGGCUUUUCCCUCUUAACAAGCUUAACAAAAGAGCUUCAAAACUUCAUAAAGACAUCCGCAUGGAUCUUAUCAUUAAGAUAGAAUCAGUGAUUGAGAGUUUAAAUACAACUGAGAUGAAAUACGUUUGCUGCUUUUCAUGA